CCUACUUUUUGCCAACUGCUUAAAAACGUUUCUAGAGUAAAUUCGUUUACUGAAUUUCUGUUUAUUUAAAUUUAAUUUCAUAGGUAUUUUCUUGAGAAGUUUCUUGUCGCCAAUGGUAUCUUAGACGCCUUCAUGGAUCAUCGUUGACACUACAAGUUUGGUUCUAGCACAUGGAGAAGGACAAAAAGAGAUUACUUUUUAGGAGAAAGCGAUUAAAAUCGGAAUAUGGACUAGGGCGUCUUCGUAGACACUGUGCAAUUUGUUUGGAACAGGAUGGCCGUCGGGCUCAGUUGUCUCCUUGUCAACAUGAUCAGUUUGACUAUGAGUGUAUUCGUCAAUGGUUAGAGAAAUCAUUGACGUGUCCGAUUUGCAAGCAGUCUGUGGACUGUGUUUAUUAUGACUUUACUGGACCUGGCCGAUCGAAAAAGUGGUAUCCUCACUCCUUUUUGUCACAGUCAAAAAAAGAAGGAAGUAGGGCUUCUUCAUCAGCUGGAGAUUCUGUUUAUGGAGGGUUUUCUGAGAACACUAUCAAUAUCGUCGGCAUCCGCCGACGAAUCUAUGAAAAAGAAUGGCUUAGUCUUUCAAUGGCCUCUCGCCCAGAAAACAUCAAAUAUUAUCGGGGCUUUACUCCCAGCCAGUUUUGUUCCGAUCCUUCCUUGCAGCAACGAGCAGUCGAUUUUCUUGCAACGGAAUUGAUGGUGUUUGAUUAUUUGGGCGAAGAGCAAACGACGUUUCUACGUGAGUAUAUUCUAGGUCUUUUAAAGCGGCAAUCCAUUUUAGAGGAACAGACGUUUCAUGAAAUUAGCGAAUUUUUUGGUGAAAGAGAUGGUUCGUUGUUCGUACAUGAGAUGAAUCGGUACCUGUGCUCCUCGAUUUCUUCCCUUAGCACCUUUAUGCAUAGUAGAAGCUUUGUGUAUGGUCCAGAAAAACUGACAAUGGCUGAAUUAAAUGAACGCUUCUUCCGCAGGUCCGAAGAUUGCUUCUAGUCUUUAUGUUACCAUGCUGAUGGAUUUUUUUCAUAAAUAUGCAUAUCGUAGUAGCUUGAAAAGAAAAUCUUUCAAAUAAAAUUUAUUGCUUUCUAUAUAAUUUAAAUUUCAAUAAAUAUACACUUAUUUCUAU